AUGCGCAGGAAGGGCAGCCGAAUUGUCUUCUCAGAGCACUUCACAGAGAUGGUUAAGUCUGAGUGUCACUUUGAGAAUGGGACUGAGCACGUGCGGCAUAUGCAGAGAUAUUUCUACAACCGGGAGGAGUACACGCGCUUCGACAGUGAUGUCGGAAAGUUCCUGGCACUGACGGAGCUGGGGCGGCGCAGUGCUAAGUAUAGUAACAGCCAGAAGGAGAUCCUGGAGCAACUUCGGGCCGCUGUGGACACCAUCUGCCGCCACAACUACGAGGUGUCUGAGCCCUUCUUUGUGCCCCGGCGCGGUGACAGGGAGCCACUGGAGUCUAUUGAAUAA